AUGGGUGAGAAAGAAUCUCAUGUUGGUUCUCACUCUGAUGGGAGUUGCUGCGGGAGUUUUGCUGGGAUUUUCGGAGGAGUUUUGGGAACACUUGGCGAGCGCGGAAAAAUGGCCAUUGGUUUUUUCCAAGGCAUUCUUGAAGCUACGCUGAAGAUUGUCCGAGCCGGAAUGUGGAUGGCCCCUUUGGGAGUGUGCAGUAUCAUUGCUGCGAAGAUAAUCGAAAUUGAGAAUCUGAACUUAGUUCUCACUCAGCUGGGAAAAUUCAUCAUAACAGUUUGCAUUGGUGAAACAGUUUAUCAAUUGAUAAUCCUUCAAUCAUAUUAUUACAUCAUUAUCAGGAAGAAUCACUUCAAAUUCUUCGUCAAGCUAUUCGAUCCGAUGAUUACAGGAUUCGCCACAUGUUCUUCAGUUGCCACGCUUCCGAUAACACUUCGAACUCUCAACGACCAAGUGAAGAUGAAUCCUAAAGUUACGAGAUUUGUUCUUCCGCUUGGAUGCUCAAUGAAUACCGAUGGAGCUGCAAUGUUCAUGAUGAUCGCCUCAGCCUUUCUCGCUCAGAUACAGGGCAUUGAACUGAAGCUAGGUGAACUUAUAAGUCUGCUGAUCAUAACGACAAUCUUGUCCUUGGCCGUUGGUAGCGUGCCGAGUGGGCCGGUUGUCUUAGUAGCGAUCAUUCUCUCCUCAAUCAAUGCUUCUGCCGACCAAAUUACUCUUCUUUUCACUGUUGAAUGGUUGUUUGACAGAAUUCGAACACCAAACAGCAUACUCAGUGAUUGCUAUGCAGCUGCAAUAGUCCAACAUCUUUCCAAAAAGGAAUUAGAGCAGCAAAACUCAGAGGAAGAAGGAAAAAUGUUACAAUCAGUAAAAGUAGAACAAGCCGAAAGAUAG